AUGUCGGAGUUGCGUGGCUCGCCGCCCUUGUCCCGUGGGCUCGAGAACGGUUUCGGGGCUCCGCUGGCGGCGCUGAGCUCGCUGGCGGAGGCGCCUCCUCCGGCGCCGAACCCUCACGGCAUCGACCACAUCCUGUCUCGUCCGACGGUGGGCAGCAACGUGGGCGCCGGGCUACUCGCGCCGCGGUUGUCGCUGGCGGCGGCGGCGGCCGGCAUGGCGCACUACCUGCAGCACAAGCCGCUGUACUGGCCUGGCUUCCAGGGCCUCGUCUCCAACCCCAUGGCGUGGCGAGAGCGCCUGCAGUCCAUGAGCAACGGCGCGCUGAGCGCGUGUUCUCAGGGUGGCAUGGACAAGGACGGCAAGAAGAAGCACACGAGGCCUACUUUCAGUGGACAGCAGAUCUUCGCGUUGGAGAAGACCUUCGAGCAGACCAAGUACCUCGCCGGACCGGAGCGGGCCAAGCUCGCGUACGCGCUCGGCAUGACCGAGUCACAAGUCAAGGUCUGGUUCCAAAACAGAAGAACGAAAUGGCGGAAAAAGCACGCGGCUGAGAUGGCAACCGCAAAACGUAAGCAGGAGGAGCUGGGCGAGGAGUGUGACGACCAGGAGCAGCAUGACAACGAGUGCAGUGACGAGGAGGAGGCGAAGAGGCCGCGCCUCGACAUCCACCACAUGCACCACCAGCUGCCGCACCGGCACCCCACUGACUCCUACUACCAGGAGUUCGCCGGCUACAAAGAGGAGGAGGCGCCCUGCGACCUGUCCAACUGGCAGGUGCGCAGGUUCGAGGACGUGCCGCGGUCCGGUGACAGUGACAAUGUGAACAGUGACAGCCUCAGUGUGGAGGACGAGCAGCCCAUCAACUUCGCGUACUAUCACUUCUGA